AUGAGCAGCCGACGACCUCCACAAGAUGUCAUCAAAAGGAAAAUCAGAAAUGGUGUAACUACAUCAAACUUAUCAUCUCAAGCAACUAAAUCACCAAAAAGAUUAAACAGACCGCACCAGAAGCAGCCCAGAUCUGCAGGAUUAUUAUCAUUGUCUCAUUUAUUGUCAGGAAACAUCUAUUCUUAUCGAACACCCACAAAAAUUAUAGUCUUCCUCACAAUAACAACUGUACUGUUAGUUUUUCUAUACCAGACUGUGCUUCCAUUUGCAAGUAGACAUUUUGCCAGCUUGCACUGGAGUUUCUCUAAUACCAGCUUAGAAGAAAUUGAUUUUAAGUCAUCAGGCUGGAGAUUGCCGGAUGCUGAGGUACUGCAAAAAUAUGGCUCAGAUAUUUGCAACAUUGAACGUGUAUCGUUCAACAACCUGCCAGAAGCCAGAUUUGAAACAGAGUUUAGAUUUAAAAAGCCAGUACUUGUGACAUUCCCUAAUGGUGCUGCUGACUGGACGGAGCCAGGACUGUGGUCAAGAUCUGAACUUUCAAAAGCUUACAGCAAAUGGACAAUACAUUCUGGUCAGUCUCUGGAGAUUGUCCGUACAGGCGGCAACGCCAGACAUGCAUCUUCUUUCCAGGAAUUUCUCACCAACCUGAUGGCUGAUAAGAAGACUGGAACACUUGAGCCCAUGCAUUAUGUGUUUGAUCGCUCAUUUUACGGAAGAUCCAAUUUACCAAAGACUCUUCAUUUACCCAAAUAUUUUGAAGUCAGUUCCUCAGAAGAUGACAGCGUCUUUUUCUUGGGCUCAUCAAUGACAGGCGUAGUAUUCCAUAAACAUUCUGACACCUGGAAUGGGGUUGUGUACGGCAGCAAGAGGUGGUUCCUCUAUCCAAACACAAAAACUCCACCUGGAGGUGUGCACCAUGGAUUCAGUGUUCUUGAGUGGGUUGAUCAUGUCUACCCAAACCUGACUGAUGUUGACAAGCCUAUUGAGUGUGUGCAACAGCCUGGAGAGAUUCUUUAUCUGCCAGAAGGGACAUACCAUGCCACACUCAACUUGGGAGACACAAUUGCUGUAGCUAUGCAGAAGAAAAAUGCCGUAACCAAAGCUGAACUGCUUUCAUAUGAAGAAAGCUCAGAAGCAGUUAUGAAGAUUGGGCGUGUGUUGUAUGAUCUAGGAAAAUAUUCGCAGUCACUGCCUUGGCACAUCAGAGCCAUCAAAAUGGACCCAUUUUUUGUUGUGGCCUACAUUCAUUUAGCUAAAACAUUUUCUGCGUUGCGUGAUUACAAGAAAGCCGAAACAACAUUCAAGAAAGCCAUCCAAUUGUCACCAAACCUCUGGGACACUUAUAAAGAGUAUGGGGAGUUUCUUCUGAAACAGGGACGACACCAAGAUGCAUUACCAGUUUAUAAAAAGGGCACAGAGCUGAUGCCAGACAUGGUGCCCUUCUGGUUCUACUACAAGUUGUGUCAGCUACAGACUGGAGAUCUAGAGGGGGCAGAGAAAUCUGAGAAGAUGAUUGCUGAUCUCAAGGCCAGAACACAGAUAGAAAGGAAUUAA